GACCUCUACCAUCAGUCCUACGAGUCGGUGUGUGUGAUGUUCGCCUCCAUUCCCGACUUCAAAGAGUUCUACACCGAGUCCGACAAACCUCAGUACGAUAUUUGGGGGAACAGCGUUAAUGUGGCGAGCAGGAUGGAGACCACCGGGGUUCUGGGAAAAAUCCAGGAACACGACAGACAGUACAUGCACAUCGGCACGAUGGUGGAGUUUGCUUUUGCUCUCGUUGGGAAGCUGGACAAACCUCAGUACGAUAUUUGGGGGAACAGCGUUAAUGUGGCGAGCAGGAUGGAGACCACCGGGGUUCUGGGAAAAAUCCAG